CACACAAACACAGCAAUGGCUGUACAGGGCGUAGAGAUUCCUCGAGUCACUGGAAGCCAGGGUCUGGAGGUUUCCAAGUUAGGAUUUGGCUGUAUGGGACUAACUGGAGUCUAUAACGCUCCUGUCCCUGAUGAGGUUGGAGUAUCAAUUAUCAAGGAUGCUUUCAGCAAAGGGAUCACAUUCUUUGAUACAUCAGAUGUUUAUGGACCCCACACUAAUGAAGUUUUGGUAGGAAAGGCGCUAAAGGAACUGCCCAGAGAAAAAGUUCAGGUUGCAACAAAAUUUGGGAUUGUCAAAAUUGAAGCUGGCAAUGUCAUAGUAAAAGGGACGCCAGAAUAUGUUCGGUCCUGUUGUGAGAGUAGCCUUCAGCGCCUUGGUGUGGAAUACAUCGAUCUCUAUUAUCAGCACCGUGUUGAUACAACAGUUCCUAUUGAAGUCACAAUGGGAGAACUGAAGAAGUUGGUGGAAGAGGGGAAAAUAAAGUACGUAGGAUUAUCUGAAGCUAGCCCUGACACCAUUAGAAGGGCUCAUGCGAUUCAUCCAAUCACAGCAGUGCAGUUGGAGUGGUCCCUCUGGACUCGUGAAAUUGAAGAAGAAAUUGUUCCACUUUGCAAGGAACUGGGAAUUGGAAUAGUACCAUACAGCCCCCUUGGCCGUGGAUUCUUUGGUGGCAAGGCAGUGAUAGAAAGCAUACCUGCACAAAGUUUUCUGUCAAUGCAGCCCAGGUUGAAAGGAGAAAACUUUGAGAAAAACAAGAACAUAUAUUUUAAGAUAGAGAAAUUGGCUCAAAAGCAUGGAUGUACUCCAUCACAAGUUGCUCUUGCAUGGAUUCUUCAUCAAGGAGAUGAUGUGAUUCCAAUCCCUGGAACGACCAAAACCAAAAAUCUGGACACAAAUAUUGGUUCGUUAAAAGUGAAGUUGAGCAAGGAUGACUUGAAGGAGAUUUCAGAUGCGGUGCCGGAUAGUGAGGUAGCAGGGGACAGAACAACCGAUGCUUUUGUUCGCUGUUCAUGGAAGUUCGCUAAUACCCCACCCAUGACACAACAUUAACUUAUUUAUUAUGCACAAGACUCGUCUUGUUUUCCUUACUCUCUCUGUGUCUCCCCAUAACAUCAAAUCGUUUUUCACUUGUGUUUUAUUCUUAUUUGUUAUGCCACGGGUGCUUUAAUUUUUAAAUCAUAAAAAGGUUGUCUGGGGAGCUCCAUGUUCAAUAAAUUGACUGUUAUCUUGCCAA